AUGUCUGAUUUAAACGGUCCUGAACCAAGUUCAAACUCGAGACCUGCUUCUCAAAGAAAGCUCAUCAAACGUCCCGAUGACAAGGCGAUGAAAGAUGGCAUCGAGUUGUUGAAACAAGAGAUCAAGAAGUUGGAUUUGCAAAGCAACGAGGUUAGUGCCCAGAUUGCAAAACACCAGAUUGAACAAAGCGUCAUGGACGAGAGAAACAAGUUGACCGCUGAAUUGAGAUCUUUGCAAUCGAAGCAGUCGGGCUCGAAAAAUGAAAGACACGCCUUGAAUGAGCAAAUCAAAUCGAUUGAUGCUCAAAUGAAGAAGAAAAUUCAAGAGAUCCAGCAACAAACUUCGAAAAACAGCUUCAAGAGCGUUGCUGAAGUUGACGAGAGAAUCAAUAGUUUGGACAAGGCAAUUGACGCUGGUAAUUUGAAAUUGGCCGAUGAAAGAAGAUUUGUCAAGGAGAUGAGCUCAUUGCGCAAAUUGCGUAAAGAUUUCGGAUCAAUUGAACAAACUCAAGCUAGUAUCGAUCAAGAUAAGGAGAAGAUUGCCGAGUUGAAGAAAAAAGUGGCUGCUACCCAUAACAAGGAAUUGAAUGCUCAAUACGAAUCGAUCCAGAAGAAAUUGGAUGAAAUCAAUGAGUCCAACAAGAACAUCAUUUCCAAGAGAGAUGUCUUGUACGAUAAGAGAACCGAGUUGAAGAAAGAAAAAGAUGCCAAGUACAACGAAAUUAGAAAAUUGAGAGCCGAGUUUGAUGAAAAGUUUGCCAACUUUAAGAAACAGCUCACUGCGGAAAGAGAAAAGAGAGAAGAAGAAGAAAAAGCGCAGAGAUUAGAGGAAAAGCAAGCCAAGUUGAAAAAGAGGGCUGAAGCCGAGUUGGCCGAGGCGUCGAUUCCUGCUUUUACUGACGAAAUCAACUCAAUCCACACUUGUUUAAACUACUUUGACCCUUCCUAUGUCAAACCAGCCAAGGAUGAGAAGACUAAUUCCUUAAAUGGCAAGUCGGUUCCAUCUUCAACCAAGAAUGCCGCUAGAGUUAUUGAAUUCCCCGAGGAUUUGGUUGUUGUUAAGAAGGAGCAAGAAGAUUUCUUUACUGGGUCAAAGAAGAAAGGCAAGGGUGGUAAGAAGCAACAGCAAAAGGCUAAAAACUUUUCAGUUGCUUCUGAUAUCGUUGUUGCCUUGAGUGACUUGGCCAUUCCGUUCCCGCUUAAACAGGAGGAUGUUCCUGAGACCAUCAAGACUUUGAAAGAAACUUUGGAGGCAUUGCAAGAGAAACAAGCAGAACAAACCAAAGUAAACAUCGAAAGAGCGCAAGCCAAAAUCGCCAAAUUUGAAACUGAAGAAGAUGAAGAUGAAGAUGAAGAGGAAGAAGAAGCUGGAGCUGGAGCUGGAGCUGUAAAUGGAAACAAGGAGGCCGAAGAAGAUCAAGAGUAG